AUGGCUUACCAAACCAAUGACACAACUGAAACAAAUAACAUCUCAUCAGUCUCAUCUGAUGACGAAUUAGACAAAGGAUGUUAUUAUUGGACACCUGAAUUUCAAUACAAGGACCAUUGUAUCAAUGAAAAUGAUUGGUCUUCAUCUGAUGAUAGUGAAAAUGAUAGUGAUGACAAAGAAAUAACUUACCAUCAUAAAGAAACAUCAAGUGACAAAAAUAUUAAGUGGAGUGACGGCUCUUAUCUUACUCAUGAUGAAGGUUUACAAUCUAACACUCGAUUCGAACGUCGACAAGCAUGUUAUUAUCAAGACAAACUUCGACAAAUUCGACAACAAUUAAAAGAUAAAAAUCUUAUUUUACGACCAAUUUAUAAAGAUAUUGGAUAUCAUGUGGAGUCAAUCAAUACUUUUAAUAACAAAGUCAAUCAAUUUUUGAACCAAACAAGCAGCUAUUCAUUAGUUUUUAAGCUCAGCCGUUCAUAUCCGACAGCUAGUCAAAAUUAUUUAGCUAAAAUUGUUGAACGAGUUGAAACAACAUUGAAUAAUUUAUUACAAUCGAAAUCUAUUACUGAAGCACAAUAUAUGGCUAUGAAAAUCAAUCGAUCAACCGUACGAAUGAAUUAUUUAUACUUCGUAUCAGACACACAUAAAGAAGGAAUUCCAGUUCAACCAAUUAUCGUAUGUAAUGAUGGACCAACUAUGGGUAUUAGUCGUUAUCUUGGUCGUCUUCUUGGAUUACUUUUUAAUGAUGCAACUUAUUGUAAAAAAUUUCACAAAGGUUAUAAUGUUAUACAUACUAUGGAAUUCUAUCAGAAAAGUGGUCAACUUCGACCAACGACUUUAUUUGCUUCAUUUAAUAUUAAUGAUUUAUGUUUAAAUUUUUCACAUCAACAAGUUUUAGAUGCUUUAGAAAAUUUUCUCAAUUCUUCUAUUGGAUCAGAUCAUUCUAUUCAAGGUAUGACAAUUACUACCAUUCUUCAACUUAUUCGUCUCGUACUUGAUGAACAAUAUUUUAUUUACAAUUAUAAAUUAUAUCGACAAACUGCUGGUAGUGCCUCUGGUUCAUCAUUAACUAUUCCAUUAGUCUAUAUUUAUUUAUUUUAUUGGCAACAAAAUUUAUUAGAAGAUCUUAUUAAUAAGAAUGAAGUCUUUUUCAGAUAUCGAGAUGAAGCAUUUAUUACAUGGAACAGAUCAGAAGAUGAACUUCGUACAUUACUUGCUAUGGCUAAUUCACAAUUUUCACAACCUAUAUGGAAUAUAACUGAUAUUGGAUCAACUAUUCAUUUUCGUGAUAUUCUGAUAACUAAUAAUAAUGGACUUCUUCAAACAAGUGUUUACCACGAACAAGCAUUCGAACCUAUCAUGUUAGAAUCAUCAUUUCAAGAUAUACUUCAACCUGCAAUCAAACAAGAUACAUGGAAAUGGCUACGAGCCGCUUUCUUAAAAGCAGUCCGAUACUGUUCCGAUAACAAUAUUUUUAACGAAGAAAGCGAUGAAAUCAAGUGGCAACUUAAUCAAUAUCAAAUACCUGAUCUUAUCAUUAAUGAAGCCCAUCAAGAAAUUAUCCACGAUUUUGGUGCAUGGGUUAUCUAUCAACCAUACAUUAAAUCUAAUUAUGAAAUUCUACGUGACCAUGUUUUCAACUAUGAUAGAUAUCGAAAAGCAAAGAAAAAAGAAAGACAAGGAGAACAGAACAAAGAAACACAAAUACAAUUGCAUCUUCCUUCUAUACCAAACCUGGACGGAAGUACAAUAGACGAAAUCGAACAACAAAUAAAUACCAACUUAUAUCAACAAUUUAAAGAUCAUAGAACAAUGCAACAUGUUACCGUGACAAUUAGACAAAAACAAUCGUUCUUCGACAAAAACUUUGACUAUCUAGUGAAGAAACAACCAGACACAAGCUACUUGACUUUGCCGGAAGAACCCAAAACAUAUACAAAGUAUGCAUUCAAACACAAAUCAACGUUUUAAUAAACAUAUUCUUUACUAUUCAAUAGACCAACUACAAACAAAAACCCUCUACAGGAAUUGCUCAAAAAACUACUACCAGAAAACUGACACUAGUAACUCUUUCAUUGUACACUACUAGUUUCCUAUAUUUAAUAAAAUUCCAUUAUUACAUAAUAAACCAUUUGAAAUAAACUGCUCGACUCAUCCAUUGUUUUUCAGAUACGAAAAGAAAAUUAAACAAACACGGCACAAACCCGACCUACAGAAAAACCACUCAAGAAGUCCACAACUCACCACACAAGGCACAAAACCAUACCGACUACAACCUCAUACAACACCGUAAGUACAAAAACCAAACCUUCACAUUCCACUAAUCUAAACGAACCGCAGCUGCAAAACAUACAUUUAGAAACACAAAAAAUGAACUAAGCAUCAGAUUGUCCUGCUAAACAAUACAAGACAACUACCAUGUUCUUAGAUCCAUUAAUAAAAACUAAAUACCUUCUUCAACAGUUCUGUGCUGAUUUUCCGCUCCUUCUACUUUAAAAUAUUCUAUACACACUCACCUCUUAUGUGAGUGAAACAAAAUUAGGUUAUAUCUUCAAAGUAGUUUUUUCAAGCAUCAUGUGUUUGAUUUGAAAAUUUUAUAUUUCUAGAUCAACUAUAUUGGUAUUAAAGCCACUUCAUAAGAUUUGCGUCAGUAACAUUCGAAAUACCUUAGCUAUCGUGGUAACUCUAUACACAUCCAAUUCGAAACUCGCCUGAAAACAUCAUCAUACGCAAACGAAACACAUCGCAUAACCAACCCACAAAAAAAACAAACGAAAAAAAAAAUACUAUAUUGCCAACUUCACACAUGGACUAUUCUUGCAGGUAAGACCAAUUUUCUUAUACAUCAAACUACAAAAUCCCCGUAUCAAAUAUCGAUCGCUAGCUAAUUUUACGCUUAACAUCCAAAAGAUUAGCAACGCCAACCAGAAAAAAAUUUCAUUCUUAUAAUCGCAGAAAUAUCCGUACGCCAAUCGUACUAAUGCAUAUACACACCCCAUAUUCUGAGUGCCUCUCAAUAAAACUCACUUGUACAUAUUUCAGGUGUCAUGUUUGGAAUCAAAAAAUCCUUGGAUUAGGUCAACUGAUACUGAGACCACUUCAUACGAUUGAGCUUUAACAAAACAACAGAAAUAAUCUAAUACUAGGUUAUCGUGGUAACACUUAACACACCCACUUCUAUUGUGAGUGAAGUCUGCUGGUUUUGCAAAAAAAUGAGUAGAUUUAUUCAGGUGUCAUGUAUUAAUUUUGAACUCAUUGGGUUUUAAAGAACUCUUAUACUGAUACUGAGGCCACUUGAUAAGAUUUGAGACAGUAACAUUCGAAAUACCUAAGGUAUCGUGGUAACACUUAACACACCCAUAUCAAUAGGGUUGUUCUACUGGAUAUUAAACUCUGGUAGAACUAUAGUGUCAUGCUUUGAUUCAAUUCUUUCAAUUGGAUCUCUUAAGCGGAUACACUUGCCACUAGACAAAAAUUGUUGAGUUGAGUUGAGAUAAAAGAACAUCAGAAAUAAUCUUCUACGUUAUCGUGCUAACUUAUCCACACCCACUAUUAUAUGUGAGUGAAGCUGCUUUAGGAUUUUUAUCCUCAAAGUUGCUUUUUCAGGUAUCAUGUUGUGGUUUCAAAAUUCAUUUUGAAAUUACUAUACUGGUACUGAGGCCACUUGACAAAGGUUGAGUUGAGAUAAACGAACAUCUGAAAUAAUCUAAUACUAGGUUAUCGUGGUAUCUACACACCCAUUUCUAUAGGGUUGUUCUACUGGAUAUUUUUUCUAGUGGAACUAUAGUGUCAUGCUUUGAUUCAAUUUUAUUUGAAUCUCUAAAGCUGAUGCACUUGCCACUUGACAAAGAUUGUUAAGUUGAGUUGAGAAGAAACAUCUGAAAUAAUCUAUACAUAGGUUAUCGUGGUAACUUAUA